AUGCAGAUAGGUGGUCUGAUAACUCUACUUCUGGCCACAGUAUAUGUGUCUGCGGCACCAGUGUGGCAAAAUCCGAUCCCUUCACCACCAGCUGAAGCACAGGGUAGCGAGUCGAAAGAAAUCAGAGCGCUCAAUACCAACUUCGAGACACAUGGGCUCCGCAGUUACGUAUGGAUUAGCUCUAACCGCGAGCAGGAGGUGUGGGCUUAUGCUUAUAUAGAGCAGGAUGUCGAUCUUUUAGAUCCUAACAGUGAGUACAUAAGCACCAUUACUGUAUGCUCUGAAGCAGGAGUUUACUUGAAUGCUGUUUUGGCUGAUAUUCUGCUCCAGCUGGAAACCACCUCUGAUUCCCCAGAUGAUCCCGAAUGGGUCAAGGAACCAAUAACGCUAGAAGUUGCUUCUACCAAUACCCGAGUUAAAGUGAGAAAAAACCCCACAAUGUCUCCGUCAGUCCAAAAAUAUAUUUUAGAUGCAAACACGGAACAACUUGUCCGAGACAAACCGGAGAUCAUCGAAGAAUAUCUCUCUCAGAAGAUGCAUACAGUUUUUUCGUCACAGCUUUUCUAUGUCGACCGAAAUUUGAGAAUGGUUCAUUUUGAUGGAAAGAUUAUGUCGGUCAAACUUGACUCCCAUUCGAAUUUCCAUCUGAACCAAGCUGACAAAAGAGAGCUCCAGCUAUUCCGUGAUCUCAACAUUGGGUUGACAAAGCUGAGAUUGAGCUUCACCGAGUUGUGUCCAUUGUCACCAUCCCAAAACGCUUUACCCAAAUCAGAAAGGAGUAACACCUUAAAGCUAAUACCCAGCAAUUUGAUGAGGCCCUUUAUUUCUGAUCAUCCUGUUUUGUUUUCACUGGGAGCUUCCUUCCUCAUAAUAGCUGCCUUCGUCUACAUCUGUCGCCAGAUAGAUACCUGGAUUCCUAAUGAUCAUCCCAUAAUGCUACCGAACUCGAGUGUAUAA